AUGUCCCUCCUCCUGAACAGGGCGCCCCGGGGUGGAGGCCCCCGGGCGGCGGAGGCGACCACGCCGGCAUCGCCGAUCCCAUGCGGCCGCCCGAGGGUCGAGAGGCGGCGGAAUGGCGGGAUGCAAGGAACGAGGGGGCAGGGCAGGAGGGCGGGAGACAGGCGGGCCGCCGGGGGUCACGUGGUCGCCGCCGCGGAGGCAUCGGCGCCGUUCAGACCGGACGACGUUCUGCCUGACAACCUUGCCGAUUGCAUCUUCCAGUCCAGUGAAGCCACUGCUGCUGCAUUGAAGAAGGGCAUCCUAAGAUGUACAGUGGAGAUCCUGUUGCCCGAGUUCUGGGACCCAACGUCUGGACCAGUUUUUUCGGAGGAUGGCGACCAACAGCGCUUCUGGAAGCUGACCAGGAGGUUCGUUGACAACCUGAUGGCAUCAGGAGGAUAUGAGAGAGUCAGGGUGGGGCUCUGCACUACAGCUGUACCCUGA